UGCUGAAUGUCCAUAUUACAAGGACAUGACUACGUAUUAGAAAUAUUGAAUGGCCAUGAAAGAAGGUCUAAGGAAAAUUUUAGAAUGGAACCAGAUGUAUUUAUUAAUUUGUGCGAGGCACUUAAGGUAUAUGGUAAACUAGAACACUCACGUUAUUUGACUGUCCAAGAGCAAGUUUGUAUAUUUUUGCUAACAAUUGGUCACAACGAAGGAAAUCGUGUUGUCCAAGAGCGAUUCCAACAUUCUGGCCAGACCAUUUCCAAAUACUUCAACCGAGUCUUGAAGGCUGUGUGUAGGCUUGGUAAACAAGUUACAAGGCCUCUAGAUUUUGAUGAGGUGCCUGCAGAAAUUCGACAUAAUCCACGCUUCUAUCCUUUUUUUAAGGAUUGUGUUGGAGCAAUUGAUGGUACCCACAUAUCUGCAAGGGUGCCAGCAUCAGAGCAAAUACCAUAUCGGGGUAAGCAUACAGUUACAACGCAAAAUGUAAUGUGUGUUUGCUCAUUUGAUAUGUGAUUUACGUAUGUAUUGGCCGGUUGGGAGGGCACUGCAAAUGAUUCUAGAGUGUUCAUUGAAACCAUACAUGAUCCAACAAAUUUAUUUCCAAUGCCACCAACAGGUACGUAUUAUAUGGCAUUUUGUUAAUUUAUAAUGAAUAUUCUUUUGUCAACCCAUAAUAAUAGAUACAUACAUGUUGAACAGAUAAAUACUAUGUUGUCGACUCGGGUUAUACAAA